UAUUUUUUAUUCAGGCGCUAUAGCGGCCUGAGUCUAAAUUAGACGCGAUAGUCAACUCCAAGUAAAUUAAAACGACUACUAAUUAGCCAGGCUUUUCUUAUUUCCGGUUUGAACAAUGCGCGCGAUAGGAGUAACGGAUGCAAACACAACAACAACAUUGCAGUGCUGCUGUAGAGUCCAGAAGCUGCCGGGUGACAUCGUACACUGAUCAGGUCAUCAUGUAUCGUAACCGUGGCAUAUCUGAGAUGUCCUCCUGUCCCCCGAGCAGCAGCAGCAUUACGGGUCUCCUGUUUGCGCUCUGUGACAGCAGCCUCUGUGGAGUGUCAUGGAAGCGACGCUCUUGUGGAGGUGUUUCCCGCGCGGCACUCCUGCGCACCCUCCGAAAACGUGCCUACACCACACUGCUUUCCAAACUUUUCCAGGACAGCUCGUCCAAACUCACCUCAUCGACGGCAAACGCUUUAGCCAGCACACCCUCUUACAACAAAAUGCUUAUGAUCUCCUUCGACCUCCGCGUCUUGGGCCGCACUGAGGAUGCAGACAGGCUCGAGUCCCUCCUGGGUCAGUUGCGUGAAGCAGGCCGCUCCUCCGGUCUGACUGAGCUGGACUCGGUGCUGGAGCUCUUGGCACAGCUGGCAGGUUCAGGUCCUCCUCCUGUGUCCUCUUUCAGCAGGGACUGCAUGCGACGGGAACGGCCUGUGCUGCGCAGACCUCCACUGCCGGGUUACCUUAGCGAGGAGCUGCAGAGACUGGAGAGCAGGACCUGGGCUCUAAUGUGUGAGGAGGAAUGGGGAGCGUUUGGGGGAGUGUGUAGGACUCUAAGCAUUUUGGACGGUCCACCAGGGACUGGACUGUUUGGUUUAGAGAGGAGACUGGAAGGUGAGGAGAGGUUUGAGCGGGACACCAGAAUGUCUCUUUUUGGAGCUCUGCAGCACUCGCGCACAACAGAUUUGGACGUGCGGCUGGACUUACCACCGGUGCCCAGUAAUGCAGAUGUUACGGGACUAUAUAUACGGGUUCCUCAGGGUUUGGAUCAGUCUGAAGAUGAAGGCUUCCAAUCUGCGUCUAAUCUGACUCCCGACUCGCAGUCUGAGCAGAGCCCCAGUCCUGAGCCUGAUGUGUGGGAGGCCUUACGAACGUUUGUACCUGCUAGACGUCGCUGCUGGGAAAACGUGGGCUGUCCUCCAGGUCAGAAAGAGCCUCCAUAUCUGACAGAAGCAGGCAGAGAAGCAUUCGAUCAGCUAUAUCGGCUUUGGGAAGGCGAGAUGAGGAAUAUGCUCUCCUCUCAAACUCCUUCUCCUCUCCUGCCCUUGCCUUUGGACUGCCAGACUCAGCUGGUUAAAGACCUCCUUAACGUACUUAUAGGGGUGGCUUCUGUUACAUUUCCCCUCAAUGAGUCGAGCGUUCAGUUUGAUGUGCGUGCGGACGUGUGCGUGUCGGGAACGUCCCCAGAGAGCGUGUCGCGCCUGUUAGAGGAGCUGGCGCAGUACGGCACACAUUACCUUCGCCUGAGCCGCUUCUCUCUGGGCUCUGCUGAUAAGAAAGGCCUGGUGUUUCAGGCAUUUACAGGUGGCCUGCGGCGCUACCUGCAUUACUACAGAGCGUGUGUAUUGUGCACGCCCGCCUCUCUCAGCCUCCUCACAAUCGGCUUCCAUUUCCGCAAGCUGGGUCGACAGCUCAGGUACCUUGCAGAGCUGUGCUGUGUGGACGGUGCUGCUGGGGCACGCCAGGCUACGUUCCCUGUGGGGGUGAAGCUUCUCUCGUACCUGUAUAACGAAGCACAGAGCAACUGCAGUAAUGAGAACUACCCUGUGCUGCUUUCUCUGCUUAAGAGUAGCUGUGAGCCUUACACACGGUUUGUAUCAGACUGGGUGUACAGCGGAGUCUUCAGAGACGUGUAUAAAGAGUUCCUGAUCCAGGUGAACGAGGACUACCUCAGCUACAGAGAUAAGCAUUUCUGGGUGCAGGGCUACACUCUGAUCUCGCAGGAUGCGGAGGACUGCGUGCCCGUGUUCCUUCGCCAUAUCGCCAACGAUGUUUAUGUCUGUGGAAAAACCAUCAACCUGCUGAAAAUCUGUUGCCCACAGCAUUAUAUCUGGUCGGAGGUGCCUGUGCCGCGAAUCGCCGUGACAUUCUCUCUAAGGGAGGUGGAGGAAAUUGAAAGAGAUUGUGCUGUGUACCGUGGCCGCAUGGAGACCAUUGCCAAGCACAGCGCCAUCAGCAGAGAGGAGCAGGCGUUGCGUACCGAGCUGGCACGCCAAGAGCUCAUCAAUCAGGUCAGAGAGUCAGCAGCCAAGACGCUGGAGAGCAUCCGAGGCCGCCAGGUGUCACAGCGUCUGGCUGAGGAGGCUAAGAAGAGGGAACGCUUUGAAGAGCUGAGGCAGCAGCUAGAGCUCGACCAAGAGUGGCGCAAUGCUGUUAAAAGGAAGCAGCAGGAGGAUGACUACAGUUUCGCCCGAGAGCUUAGAGACCGAGAACAGAGGCUGCAGGCCCUCGAGGAACAACUGGAGCGCAGGGCACGGAUGGAUUUGAUAGCGCAGUACAGUCGUCUGUCUGAGGAGGCAGCUAAGAAAGAGCGCAGGGCAAUGUGGAAAGUACAGAGGAUAAGACUGCAUGAAGCCAGAGUAAACUUCCUCCAGCAGGACCAACGCAUCAUACAGGCACUGCUUGAGCGGUAUCCUUUAGGACAGGAAUGCCCCAGUCAGGAUCCAGCUCAGGAAUCUCACAUUCCUGAGAUACAAAUAAAAAAUUUGCCCAUGGAGCAGGAGCUCCACAAUUCUGCUCUGCCUACUUGUACUUCUGUACCUCCUGCUGUUCUCCCUGGCUCCACCAGAAAUGUUGAUGCUCUGAUUUCAGAUCAAAUUGACAUUACAGAUUUCCUCCCAAAACCGCAACAUUGUGCAAACAGUGUGGCAGUUACCCAGGCUCUACAGGACAUCAGCUCUGACCUCUCAGAAUUCACCAGAAAUCCUGACUUAGACUAUGACUUUUCGUCACCCUACAGCCCGCUGGAAUGCCUCAGGCCCCAGUCGUGCUCUACUCAUCCAUGCCUCUCCCACCAAGUCCUAGAGCCUGGGGCAAGUCAACAUGACCCCCCUUCAGAAACUUCACAUCAUCAGGAGGAUAGUGCUGCCUCGGGGCAUGCGUCACAAGCUAGAGUGAGUGAAUUGGAGCCAAUGGAAGAGACACAAGAGCAAAACGUGGCCCGAAAUAAAUGUCUGGAGACAAACAAACUGUGUGAAAAGGAGUUAUAUGAAGAAGAUAAGGAACAUUCAGCAUGUGGUGUGGAGUUGGAGCCAAAACCACCAAUGGAUAACAUAGCAGAGAAGGCCAAAGAUAGUGGGCAGCUUGCUCAGCCCCUUCGGACAUCAGCUGAGAAUAUUCCAAUAGAUCCAGUUCUGAUCAUUGGCAGUAGUCAAGACUUUGAUGUCCAAAGCAAAUCUAAGAACAUUCUCUCGGGGGUAACAAGUAUUUCCUCCUCCAGUACUGCCCUGUGCCAGUCUGUUAAUACUGACAUAAGGACUGAUAGGCUUUUUUCUGACACUGCUAUGGUCCUCCCCUCACCCAGUAUCCAUGGUCAUGCUUCUGAUGCACAUAUUAAAGUCGGGGAGCUGGUUUCUGAAGUUACCGUGGCUGUUCCCUCGCCAAAUAUCCAUGGUCAUGCUUCUGAUGCACAUAUUAAAGUAGGGGAGCUGGUUUCUGAGGUUACUGUGGCUGUUCCCUUACCAAAUAUCCAUGGUCAUGCUUCUGAUGCACAUAUUAAAGUAGGGGAGCUGGUUUCUGAGGUUACUGUGGCUGUUCCCUUACCAAAUAUCCAUGGUCAUGCUUCUGAUGCACAUAUUAAAGUAGGGGAGCUGGUUUCUGACGUGAGUACACCAACUGCUUCUCGAAAUGUCCAUGGGCAUGUCUCUGAUGCCCAUAUAAAAAUUGGAGGGUUGGUUUCUGAGGUUCUUGCUCCAAAACCUUUGCAAAAUGUCCAUGGUCAUGCCUCUGAUGCUCACAUAAAAAUUGGUCAGCUUGUUUCUGAGGUCUCUACUCCAACCCCUUCCCCUAAUAUCCAUGGCCAUGCAUCAGAUGCUCACAUAAAGGUGGGAGAGUUCGUCUCAGACGUUGCUCUAUCUCAACCUCGUUGGAGCAAACAUGGCCAUUCCUCAGACAGCACUCUUGAAGUGGGCUGUCUGAUUCCAGAAACCAAACAAACACAUUCCCCAUUGCCAGGCAGUGCUUACGGUCACUCCUCAGACUCCACACUAAAGGUCGGCUGUGUCGUAUCUGGAUUAGACCCGCUGCCUUCACCCCUCCCUGGUAGUGCAUAUGGGCAUUCAUCAGACUCGACACUGGGAGUGGGGUGUGUGGUGAUGGGGGUACAGGUCCCUAAGAAACCCUAUCUCCCGGGUAGUGCCUAUGGACAUUCUUCUGACUCAAGCCUGGGUGCAGGCUGUGUGGUACAAGGGAUCAAGCCUGGAAGCUCUUACAGUGAUGCCCCUCAGACAGGAUUCAAACUGCCCACAGAGGACAAGAAAAAGCAAGACAGCCAAGAGGCACAAGAAGCUACAACCGCUCCCCAAACUCAGCUGCUCACUCUGGACGAGGGUCUUACUGCCUGGGCGCAGGGGUUAGGACUGUCCCCCUUAGAGAGACCAGAGGACGACUAUCUCAUCAAGCUGGCCUCCCAGUACCAUGCUGAGCAGUACGAGGAUUCCUACAGGCAAAUGAUGUCAGCCCCUGAAGCUCAGCUCCUACAGCAGGUGACCCGUGGGCCAAGCGGACUCCCAGCGGACUCCACUCUGCACUGUGCGACGGACUCUACUGCUGUGCAGCUGAGUGAGAUGAUGCCCCUCCCUGUGCUCAUGAAACACUCGGUCACGACCCCACUCAUCACACAUUUGUCAAUGGUGAAUAAGGCGGUGGUGGAUUAUUUCUUUGUGGAGCUGAGAGUGGAGAAACACUUUGAAGUGCUGAGGCACUUUUUACUGAUGGAAGAUGGGGAAUUUGCACUGUCACUAACUGACCGGCUCUUUGAAAAGCUGGGCAGUGGGCAAACCCCUGGUGAGCUGCUGACCCCCCUGGUCCUGAACUCCAUGCUGAACAAGGCCAUGCAGUACAGUGUGCACGGCGACAGUGAGCUGGCCACUAACUUCACGUUCGCAUUGCGCUACCUACCGGAGGUGUUUCACCCUCACGCUCCAGACUCACUCAACUGCCUCGAGCUGCGCUACAAGGUGGACUGGCCUCUGAAUAUCAUAAUAACAGACAACUGUAUGAAUAAGUACAACCGCCUCUUCUCCUUCCUGCUGCAGCUCAAACACAUGGUGUGGUCUCUCAGUGAUGUGUGGUUUCAUCUCAAACGCACCGCUGUGGUAAAGGGAGCAGGACGCUCUGUGCAGUUUCGACAGCUGCAGCUGUACAGACAUGAGAUGCAGCACUUUGUGAAGGUGAUCCAGGGCUACAUUGCUAAUCAGAUCCUGCAGGUCUCCUGGAGCGAGUUCACCCAAAAACUGAGCGGUGCCAACGAUCUGGACGCCAUCCAUCACACACACGCAGAGUACCUCAACAGGGCCAUCUUCAGGGCUCUGCUGACGGAGAAAGCCGCUCCUGUGAUGAACAUCAUCCACAGCAUCUUCAGUCUGAUCCUGAAGUUUCGUGGCCAGCUGAUCGCUCAGGCCUGGCAGAGUCAGCAGGGCGAGGCCGUGCACCCGAGCUUCAUUGCCAUGCAGCAGUCUUACAACACUUUCAAAUACUACUCACGCUUUCUGUUCAAAGUGGUUUCCAAGCUUGUGGACAAAGGCUACCAGCCUCAUUUAGAAGACUUCCUGCUGCGUCUUAACUUCAACAACUACUACAAGGACUCAUGACGUAUUUCUGCCUCUCAGUGAGAAAAUGUUCAUGAAAUUCCCACUGAAGUCAAGGAGGCUUUCUGUAUGCAAAUGAUCUGCUUCUAGCAGUAGUGUUGCUACUCUGGAAUGAGUGAUCGGUGCUGUAAGAGUUUGGAGUGUCAGAGAGGGAGAAAUGCCAUUAGCAUUUUAUUUUUUUUAUAGUUGGAUCAGCAUUCAACUAGGCUUCAGAAAUUCAGCAGUUUUGGGAUUUACAUUGUCUUGAGCAUGUCUUCAUUUUUGUUUUCUGGACACUGAAGUCAUUAUUGCCGUGUUAAAUGUAAAUAAAUUACCAAGCACACAGA